CCAACACGCCGAAGAGGCUACAAAUAACCUUCGAGGAGAGAGCCCAGGAGGGGGAGAGCGAGGCGCGAAGAGGAACGUGGGUCGGCCAGGCUACCACUCCUCGGAGAGAAAGGACUUCGUCGGUGCUAGAUACCACAUGGAAAAAGCCAUUGAAAACCCACGCGUAGUUUAAAUAACAGACACUAGAACUCUGUUUUGGAUUCAGGAGCUAAAACAAUCUUUAAAACAAGUGCCCAAACAGCUCCACACCCUGCCAGGCAAGUUCCGAAAUCUGCACUUUCCACACGAGCUCCUCCAAGUGAAAGAAAGAACCCGUGCACCGCCAGGGUCUGCAGACCGCUCUUUCUGAACCCCACCCCCUUGUCCAGCAGCCUGGAGAAUCGGAAGAACUGGAUCUCCCCCACGUGGAAAAGCCGGCGGGUGAAUAUGGUUGGAGUUCCAAGAUCGAUCUUUGAUCUUUGGGCACAAACUCAGAGGCAGCGGCUAAAUCACAGGGUGCACCCAUGUUCCCAAGCGGCUGCAGAGAGGCAGAUUCCACUGGAGUCCUAAGUAGACACAACAGUUGCGUCCGGGCACCGAACACGUUAUUAAUAAGGAGCAGAUGAAGAAGCAGUGCCGUUGCCAUCCGCCCAGCUCCCCCGAGGCCAAGGCCCCACUGCAUGGGCCCGGAGGCUGCCUUUGGAAGUUUCCUAAGAACGCGCCCCUCUGCCCUCUACCCCGGCCAGGACAGAUCUGCAGGAGCCUUCCAGCAGUUUCUUCCCAAAUUUCCUUCCCAACCUCCUUUCCAUCGCUGUUCCCCACCCCUCCCUUGGGGAGGAUCCAGGGCAGGAAGCUGAUUGGCCGCAACCAGAAGAGGGAACCCAAAACUCCACUUAGGGGAGAUGCUGCAAGCAAAUGCGACCAAAGACCCUAGGAUAACCGGGUGUGGAGUUCGAGGAAUUGCUUCCCAAGUCCAUGAUUCCCGGAUGCUCAAGGGUGCCAUGGCAACAGAGACUGGCUGUAACCUGGAUUCCGGAAGCCAGAAAGCUGGAGCGUGGAAACUACCCGGUCAAAGGAUGCUGAGUCCCGAGCGCCUAGCUCUACCGGACUACGAGUAUCUGGUGCGCUGUUAUUUCGAGCUUUUCUCUUUCAUUAGGCACUGUGCUCAGCGACAUGUCCUCACGUACAUGGAGGAUGCGGUGUGCCAGCUGCUGGAGAACAAGGAAGAUAUUGGCCAGUAUGGCAUUGCCCGGUUCUUCACUGAAUAUUUUAACAGUGUAUGCCAAGGAACUCACAUUCUCUUUCGGGAAUUCAGCUUUAUACAAGCCACACCUCACAAUAGGGCAUCAUUUUUACGGGCCUUCUGGAGAUGCUUCCGAACUGUAGGCAAGAACGGUGACUUGCUGACCAUGAGGGAGUACCACUGUCUGCUGCAGUUACUGUGCCCAGAUUUCCCACUGGAACUCACUCAGAAGGCGGCCAGGAUCGUGCUCAUGGAUGAUGCCAUGGACUGCUUGAUGUCUUUUUCAGAUUUCCUUUUUGCCUUCCAGAUCCAGUUUUAUUAUUCAGAAUUUCUGGACAGUGUGGCUGCCAUCUAUCAGGAUUUGCUGUCAGGGAAGAACCCCAAUACCGUGAUUGUGCCAACAUCCUCGAGUGGGCAGCAUCGUCAACGACCGGCCUUGGGUGACGCCGGUGUGCUGGAUGGAGUGGAGGCAGCGCUGUUCUAUCAGCGCCUGGAAAACCUGUGUGACCGCCACAAAUACAGCUGCCCGCCCCCGGCCCUUGUCAGAGAGAUCCUGAGCAAUGUCCAGAGGCUGACUUUCUAUGGGUUCCUUGUAGCCCUUUCAAAGCAUCAUGGAAUCAACCAAGCACUGGGAGCUUUGCCUGACAAAGGAGACUUGAUGCAUGACCCAGCCAUGGAUGAGGAGCUGGAAAGGCUGGUGGUGAGGUCGAGGCUGUACCGGACCCCGCGGCAGCACAGGGGCAAGGAGCCAGGGGCCUUUGGCUUUCAGAGAAGAGACAAGCUGGAGGCCCUGGAGAGAGUGCCCUCAGCUUUGGCACCGACGCCCAAUCCAUAUCGGUGGGAGCCCAGAGAGUGAGCGAAGGGCCACUGGGCAGGGAGGCAGGAUGGAGAGGACACUGACCCACAGGGCCCCGUGGGGGCUUUAUUUCGACACCACUUUGUUUCAAUACAAACAGUGCUGAAAGAAAGUCAUGUCCCUCUGGGGAGGGAUGAGGGAAGAGUGGUCUGUGUUGUUUGGGAGCCCAACCUGCAAUCCACAGGUAGGGUUGGGCUCAGACUGCCAGCAUGGCAGGGGGAGAUGGCACCAAGGAUGACACAGUGCGUGGCCCAGCUGCCAGAGUAUGGGGCCUGCAGCUGCAAGUCCUCAAGCUCUCACUGACUGGUGGGGUGCUGUCCAGGACCCCUAAACCCAGAAUGAUGCAAAGAAUGAAAGCUGAGCUCCAGGGGCUUCUUUCUUUCAGAGCCUCAGUUUCCUCAGCCAGUAGCAGGUUCACAGCAUCCAGGUAGGACCACUGAUGAGACCCACCAUGGGUGCCAAGCAGGACACAAAAGGAUAGAAUCUCAAGCAUAGACAGAGGGUGCUAUGACCCACAAUAGUGGCAGAUAAAGGCUCUCAGACACCUAGGCAGAAGUCAGCCUCCGAGGGACAGUAGUGACAAAGAAGAUUGCUCAGGCCCCCAGGCUGAUCCCAAAUAAACCCUUUAGGUGCCAAGCAAAAGUUCUAGCCCUUAGUGAAUUACCAGGGUCUUUCUCCUAAGCCAUCCUCCCCUGGAACCCAUAAGAGGCCACUGACAGUAAAAGCAGUGGCAAGUCCAGAACUUCUCCCUGAGGGCUGAUACAGCACGACUCUUGCUAGGCCUCCCGUAUCUCUAGAAGACGAGGAGGCCCAGACAGACCUCCAAGCCACCUACAUGGAUCCUAAAGCCUGCAAAAGACUCAUGCCUUCCCUACUUCGGGAAGAACUAGACCCAUAAAGUCAUCCUGAUGGAACUCCUCCCCUCAUUCCCAGUGCAACAGGCUAAGUAGCAGCAGCUUUGGGGCAGGACUGGAAGGAAGAACACUAGCAUGGAGAGGAGAGUGUGAAGGGGUGAGGACAAGGACUCAAUGCGCAGGCAAAGGACAAGGGCUGAUGCUGACCAUUCCCCUUGCCAAGGUCCUCCAAAGCCACCCAACUCACACACCACACACAGAAGUCAACAAAUCCCCAGAUCCACAUCCCUGGCCUGGGAACCAGGGUUCUUGCUGCCACCACAGGCCUGAGCCGUGGAGCCUGGAUCAGUAGGAACCGUAGCGAUCCUGAGUGGGGAGAAUAAAAACACAAAGUCAGAGUCUCUCUCUAAUCUGCAGCAGCUCCCCAGUAACCACAACACCUCCCCUGCACACCCUAUAGCACAUUAGGGCAAGCUGCUGUACAGGGCUGGGGACCCCAUGUUGAGAGUAUGUGAUGGAAGCUGAAGUGGAAGCCACCUAGGUACUAAUGGAAAAGGAAGUCCACCAGAUUUCACAGAACCUGGGAGAGAAGAGGAAGAGGAGCAGAAGUAACAAGCUAGGCCAAGUCACCUUAGGGAAAGGCUCAGCCCAAAUACAGGGAUGGAAAACUGCCCUGCCAAGAAUAACAAGCACUCUCUCUACAGCUGCUGGUGGCUCCUCAGCAGUGUCUGGAUUCAGCAGAAAGCAAACUUCCAAGCAUUACUUUUUACAUUUCUUCCCAGGCCAAGCAGCCCAGCCUCACCUGUAAAGAAUUCAUCACACCAUUAGCCAACACUGCCAUCUUGCCGGCCACAGACUUGACACCCUGCUUAAAUUGGGCAAUGUCAGCUGUAGGAAGUACAUUCCCCAGAGAUACAGUUCCUGUAAAAGCAAGGGAAGUGGUGAUCAAGAGCCCUGCAAGAAACCCUUCCCAGCUAUAGGGCCUUCAGCUAUGCUCACAAGCCUCACGGUGCCCUACCUCCUCCAUGAGCUCCAUCCAUGUCCCCAAAGAGGUCUGAAGAGCUGAUGGCACUGCUGCCCGCGAGCUGCUGUAACCGAGACCUGGCUUCAUACUGUGUUAGAGAAAAGGCAAGGUCUAGGGAAUCUUUUGGCCAAUGAUAAAAGAACUGACUUAUGCCAAACCACCCUAAUGCUAAGCCCAAGGACAAGUAGGGAAGAAGCUCAGAAGCUCAGGCUGUGGCCUGUUGCUACCAAGUAGAUAACUUCACUAACCUCAGAAUCCACCUCUCGACCAAAGAACAUGUCAGAUGAGAUGGCUUUGGCUCCUGCAAACUUCUGACGAGCUUCACUGGACUCAAGACCUGAGUUCCGGCUCUCCACUUCCCUCCGGCUGGUGGUUCUGUGGGCCAAUGCAGAACAUCUCUAUCCCUUUCCAUUAUCACCAUGGGAAGCAGAGCACAGAGACCAAAAAAGCACCCAUAGCUUUCUGGCCUGUUCUGUGACUCUGGGAUUAAAGAACCUUUCUCCUAGUGAGUACCCUCCAAAGAUUAGUAAGAGGUCCUCUCUAUUUUCUUCACUGAAGCCAAGGAACAAAGAGCCUCAGUUCCCUCCAUAAGAUGGAGUGGGAACACCGUUUGGAGGGCUUACUUACUACUGUGGCUCAAUAAGGUGCAGAAGAUGCCAUCACCACGGCUGCAAUCCUAGUCCUAUUCAGAAUCUGAAGUGACAGUCUGUGUACCUGGCUUAUAUCCACUCUCCUGCCAUAAUUAUUCAGUGCUGUGAUCACUCUCUCAGAGUCAUGCUAAUGUGGAUAAAAGGGUCAUGCCACUCCACUGACAAUGUACAGGCUCUAGGCUGGGGGUUUUACAACCCAAUGAAGUUAUUACUGAUGUCCUAUUUCACAAAUGGAUUAUCUAUAGUAACUUGCCAACAAAACAUUGUUUCUGAACAAUA